AGCAUCGAUGUUUCUCCACCUCUAAUUUGCAGAGAAAAAUAUUGAAGAUACAUAUUCUUAAAACAAGUGCUAAACUAAAGCGAAUCGCGAACGAACGGCUGCUGAGCGAAAAACGAAAAACGCGAAUCCAUUGUGUGCGUGAGUGACUGCGGAUUGUGAUGCGACGCUCGCCCGGGUGAUCCGGCUGUGCGCCCAGGUUCCGCUCCACUCCGCUCGUCGUCGCCCGAAUACAAAUACAAACAACGGGCGGGGAGGCGGAGGCACAGGCACAGGCAAGGGUGCUCCACCGUUCCACGGCGCACAGAAUGUUCUCCGGACCCAGCGGUCAUGCCCACACCAUCAGCUACGGGGGCGGGAACGGGCUGGGUGGCGGAGGAGCAGGCGGGUCCGGGUCUCAUAGUGGAGGCGGUGCUACCAACAUCGGCGGUGGGGGCGUGGCUGGGCUGCAGGACUGCGAUGGCUACGACUUCACCAAAUGCGAAAAUGCUGCGAGGUGGCGUGGUCUGUUCACGCCCUCUCUAAAAAAGGUGCUGGAGCAAGUGCAUCCGCACGUCACCGCCAAGGAGGACGCCCUGCUCUAUGUGGAGAAACUCUGCCUCCGGCUGCUGGCCAUGCUGUGCGCCAAACCGCUGCCCCACUCCGUCCAGGAUGUGGAGGAAAAGGUGAAGUCCUUCCCGUCGCCCAUCGAUCAGUGUGCCCUCAACGAGGCCAAGGAGGUGAUCAAUUCGAAGAAACGCAAGUCUGUCCUGCCCACGGAACGGGUGCACACACUGCUCCAGAAGGAUGUGCUGCAGUACAAGAUCGACAGCUCCGUGUCCGCCUUUCUGGUGGCGGUAAUCGAGCACAUCUCCGCUGACAUCCUCAAGAUGGCCGGCGACUAUGUGAUCAAGAUCGCCCACUGCGAGAUCACCAAGAAAGACAUCGAGCUGGUCAUGGACGUCGACCGCGUCCUCAUGGACAUGCUCAACCAGAGCGAGGCCCACAUCCUGCCCAGCCCCUUGUCGCUUCCCGCCCAGCGGGCGAGUGCCACCUAUGAGGAGACAGUUAAGGAGCUCAUUCACGACGAAAAGCAGUACCAGCGCGACCUGCACAUGAUCAUACGAGUCUUCCGCGAGGAGCUGGUGAAGAUCGUGUCGGACCCCAGGGAGCUAGAACCGAUAUUCUCCAACAUAAUGGACAUCUAUGAGGUCACGGUGACUCUGCUUGGCUCUCUCGAGGAUGUGAUAGAAAUGUCCCAGGAGCAGAGUGCCCCUUGUGUGGGCAGUUGCUUUGAGGAACUGGCCGAGGCUGAGGAGUUCGAUGUGUAUAAGAAGUACGCUCACGAUGUCACCUCGCAGGCCUCGCGGGAUGCCCUCAGCAAUCUUCUGUCCAAGCCAGGAGCAUCAUCACUGACCACCGCUGGCCAUGGCUUCCGGGAGGCCGUCAAGUACUAUCUGCCCAAGCUGCUCCUGGUGCCCAUUUGCCAUGCCUUUGUUUACUUCGACUACAUUAAGCAUCUCAAGGAUCUCAGCUCGUCGCAGGACGACAUCGAGAGCUUCGAGCAGGUCCAGGGCCUGCUGCAUCCACUCCACUGCGAUCUCGAGAAGGUUAUGGCGGGCCUGUCCAAAGAACGACUGGUCCCCGUCAGCGGACGAGUGCGCCGCCAACUGGCCAUCGAGCGCACGCGGGAGCUCCAAAUGAAGGUGGAGCACUGGGAGGACAAGGACGUGGGUCAGAACUGCAAUGAAUUUAUUCGCGAGGAUUCGCUGAGCAAGCAGGGACCGGGCAAACGAAUUUGGAGCGAGCGCAAGGUCUUUCUCUUCGACGGGCUCAUGGUGCUGUGCAAGGCGAACACCAAGAAACAGACUCCAUCGGCAGGAGCGACGGCCUACGAUUACCGGCUCAAGGAGAAGUUCUUCAUGCGACGCGUAGAUAUCAUCGAUCGGCCGGACAGCGACGACCUGAAGAACAGCUUUGAGCUGGCCCCCAGGAUGCAGACGCAGCCGGCAAUUGUCCUCACGGCGAAGAAUGCACAGCAUAAGCACGAUUGGAUGGCGGACCUGCUUAUGGUAAACACCAAGUCGAUGCUAGACCGACAUUUAGACAGCAUAUUGCAAGACAUCGAGCGAAAGCACCCGUUGCGCAUGCCCAGCCCGGAGAUUUACAAGUUUGCGGUGCCGGACAGCGGGGACAAUAUCGUUCUGGAGGAGCGCGAAAGCGCCGGUGUCCCGAUGAUCAAGGGGGCGACUCUGUGCAAACUGAUCGAGCGCCUCACCUAUCACAUCUAUGCCGAUCCGACCUUCGUGCGCACCUUCCUCACCACAUAUCGCUACUUCUGCUCGCCCCAGCAACUGCUGCAGCUGCUGGUGGAGCGCUUUAACAUACCGGAUCCAAGCUUGGUUUACCAGGACACCGGCGCAACAGGACCGGGAGGAAUCGGAGGUGUUGGCGGUGACAAGGAGCAUAAGAACACCCACCGGGAGGACUGGAAGCGGUAUCGGAAGGAGUACGUGCAACCAGUCCAGUUCCGAGUGCUCAAUGUGCUGCGCCAUUGGGUCGAUCAUCAUUUCUACGACUUCGAAAAGGAUCCCAUGCUGCUGGAGAAGCUGCUCAAUUUCCUGGAGCAUGUGAAUGGCAAGUCGAUGCGCAAGUGGGUGGACUCCGUGCUUAAAAUUGUUCAAAGAAAGAACGAACAGGAGAAAAGCAUUAAGAAGAUUGUAUACGCCUAUGGCCACGAUCCCCCGCCCAUUGAGCAUCAUCUAAGUGUCCCCAAUGACGAAAUUACGCUCCUCACCCUGCACCCACUGGAACUGGCACGCCAGCUUACCCUGCUGGAGUUCGAGAUGUACAAGAAUGUAAAGCCAUCGGAGCUGGUCGGGUCGCCCUGGACAAAGAAGGACAAAGAGGUGAAGAGUCCGAAUUUAUUAAAAAUCAUGAAGCAUACCACCAACGUAACCCGCUGGAUUGAGAAAUCCAUCACCGAGGCUGAGAACUACGAGGAGCGCUUAGCGAUCAUGCAACGUGCCAUCGAAGUGAUGAUGGUGAUGCUGGAAUUAAACAAUUUCAAUGGUAUCCUCUCGAUUGUCGCCGCCAUGGGCACAGCAUCGGUUUAUCGACUGCGGUGGACAUUUCACGGUUUGCCAGAAAGGCACAGAAAAUUCUUAGACGAAUGCCGAGAACUCAGCAACGAUCAUCUUAAAAAGUAUCAGGAACGAUUGCGAUCUAUCAAUCCACCUUGUGUGCCAUUCUUCGGUCGCUACUUGACUAAUAUUCUUCACCUGGAAGAAGGCAAUCCAGAUCUACUGGCCAACACAGAACUAAUCAACUUCUCCAAGCGACGGAAAGUGGCCGAGAUUAUUGGCGAAAUUCAACAGUACCAGAACCAGCCAUACUGCCUCAACGAGGAGGCCACCAUUCGACAGUUCUUUGAGCAAUUGGAUCCGUUCAACGGACUGUCCGACAAGCAGAUGUCCGACUAUCUUUACAACGAGAGCAUGCGCAUUGAGCCAAGGGACUGCAAGACGGUGCCCAAAUUCCCUCGCAAAUGGCCGCACAUUUCGCUCAAAUCGCCGGGCAUUAAGCAGCGUCGUCAGAAUCAGACCAACAGCAGCAGCAAGGUGUCGAAUAGCACCUCGUCUGCCGCAGCAGCAGCAUCGUCGACGGCCACCACAAUAGCAACAGCGGCAGCGCCAUCCGCGCAUCCGCCCAGCACAAUAGAUCCACCGGUGGGGACCGGCGAACAAAGUCCGCAGCACAAUCCGCAUGCGUUUUCCGUCUUCGCCCCUGUCAUAAUACCCGAAAGGAAUACGAGCAGCUGGAGUGGUACGCCACAGCACACUCGCAUGGAUCAUAACAACGGAGAAGUUUCGGUGCCGGCGCCACUUCUACCCAGGAAACCGGGCGCCCAUGUCUGGGCCAACAACUCGGCAUUGGCCAAUCCGUCAAUGAUGGAUUCCUUCAGUCCCGCACUGCCGGAACAUCUUCCAGCACAGUCCCUUUCGGACAGCAAUCCCUUUGCAAUGAGCAUGUCGGACCCAGAUGCACCACCCUCGCCGCUGCCCAAGCUAGUGGUUAGUCCGCACCACGAAACCGGCAAUCGGUCACCAUUCCACGUGCGGCUGCCGUACAGCCCAACGCAUAGUAUAGCCAGUACCGUGACCCUUACAGGAAUGACUGGAGCGGCUAUGACCGGGGAGGAGGUCAGUCCGCAAACGGGUGGCUUCUAUUUCAGCACCCAUCAGGGACAACCAGGGGCAGUGCCCAUAUCGCCGCAUGUCAACGUCCCGACCGCCUCCAAUCUGGAGUACCGAGCCGUUCCGCCUCCACUUCCGCCACGACGCAAGGAGCGCACAGAGAGCUGUGCGGACAUGGCGCAAAAGCGACAGGCGCCUGACGCUCCCACAUUACCCCCGCGUGAUGGCGAACCCAGUCCGCCGCCCAUACCGCCACGGCUCCACCAUUCCAUGGGCAUGAGCUACUUGCGACACAGCCACGGCAAGAGCAAGGAGUUUGUGGGCAAGAGCAGUCUGCUCCUGCCCAACACCAGCAGUAUUAUGAUACGCCGCAACUCGGCGAUCGAGAAACGGGCAGCGGCAGUUACCCAUCUGUCGGAGCCGCCGAUGGGGUCCAUCGGCACAACGCUUGUGACGGUGUCGCAGGCAGUGGCCACGGACGAACAGCCGCCGUUAUCGAUCUCGCCCGCUCUGAGCUCCUCGACGACCACAUCACCGCUGACACCCGCCACGCCCAUGUCCCCCAACAUUCCCAGCCAUCCGGUGGAGAGCACGUCGAGCAGCUAUGCCCACCAACUGCGAAUGCGGCAGGGCACACCCAAACUUCCACCAAAACCUAGUCUAAGCGCUAACUUCUAUAACAAUCCAGAUAAAGGUACGAUGUUUCUUUACCCAAGUACAAACCAAGAAUAAUUUAAAUUGCCUGGCGAUGUGAUAGGACAAAAACUACGAGUAUGAUCCGUAAGAUUCAAAGUUGAGAGUACUGCCGGUGUGCAGAUAUAUAUGAACGAACGGAAUAUAUACGUAGGCACAGUUAUGUAUUCUAGUUGGCAUACAUAUGCAAAUAUGGACCGAGUUGGAUCUGAUGAUUUUAUUAUUCGAAACUCAUUAAACAAAACGAAACACACUCUCAUUUACACAUGAAGCACAGCAUAUAAAUACACGCGAACGCAAAACACAAAUGCAAAAAAAGAAAUUAUGUUAUUAUAUAAUUACUAUUAUAAAUAUUUGUAAAUAUCGAGAACAUUGUAUUGAUCGUAGAACGUAAAACAAUAAAAUAUAACCCUAUUGUUA